AUGAGCAAAUAUCGGGUGGAAAUCCAGCAGAUGAUGUUUAUUUUGGGGGAGGUGCAGGAUCCCCUCCAAGAAACGACGGUGUUGGUGGAGGAAUUAAUUCGUGGUCAAGUCAUGGAAAUGUUGAUUCAAGCAAAUGAACUGGCUCUGCGCCGAGGAUCGCGAUCCAUCUCGGUGGAGGAUCUGUUCUUCCUAAUCCGGCACGACAAGGCUAAGGUAAACCGUUUGAAGAAUUACCUGUCGUGGAAGGACGUGCGAAAGAACGCAAAAGAACAGGACGCCAACGCUACCGACACAAAAGAAUUGCUAGAGGAUGCAGAUCUCCGCACGAAAAUCCGAAAAGCACCUGUCACUUUGCCAUGGGAGAUCAAGUUUAUGUUUCCCGAGCCCAUUCCUGACCCUGAGGACUAUGAAGAAGAUAACGAAAUGGCAGAGGCGGCAUCCGCCACACGAGAACGGCUUCGAAUGGCCGAUGAACGGACACGACAAAUGACACGAGAAGAAUAUGUUCACUGGAGUGAGUGUCGGCAGGCCAGUUUCACAUACCGUAAAGGUAAGCGGUUUCGAGAGUGGUGUGGAAUGGCCUUGUUGACGGAAACGCGGCCAAACGACGAUAUCGUCGAUAUCUUGGGCUUUCUGACCUUCGAGAUCGUCGCGACGCUUAUUGAGGAGGCUUUGGCCGUGAAGCAACGUAUGGAUCAGUUACAAAACGAAAACGGCAGUCUAGCUCACCAGACGAAACGCCGCAAAGAGCGGUACCUGUUCGACGGUUUAACGGAAGAACGCACACCCCUUCAAGUGUGUCAUGUCAUGGAAGCAUUCCGGCGGUUGCAGUUGCCUCGCAAGAAGCACACGGCUAUGAGAAACUUCAACGGUGGCUUGUUAAAGACGCGGGUGAAUCUGAUUUAA